UGGAUUCACCCGUCAACUCUUUAAUUCUAUAGGUUAAAGAGGGCUAAAUAUAUCCGCUAAUACUUUCUAUAUAAAAUAGCAACGUAUUACAUCUUUUUAUCAGCAUUUCUAUUCUUUCACUUCUUGUCAUUGUCUUGAACCAUAAUGCAAGUAAACCAUGAUCAUAUGACUGAGACAAUAAAGCUUAUAUCUGGCUACUAGGCGGGAAAAUGGCACUAUUUACUGAAUCAUACCUAUCUAAAAUUGCGCAACACAUUAAACAAUACCCCUGCUGAAAUAACAAUAUACUGUUUUGUUUACAGUUUUAGUUUAAUGAUAGCAUGCUUAAAUCGGUAUAUGUUACGCAAAAAGUACUUUUUUUGGAACAAAUGUAACACCUAAGCCUACUGUUUCAGUUUGUUCAUGCAUUUUAAUGUUUAUCAGUUUUAAAGAACUCGACAAUAACAGAAUUAGUUUAGCUAGUACGUUUGAAAAUAGUGAUAUUUCAUAUUAAUUUUUCAUAAGGCGUGGACGUUUAAAAUUUAUAUUCAAUGAAUUUACUUAAAUUCCAAUACUAAUAUGUCAUACAUUGAGACAAAUCAGUUCAUAGAGAGAUGCGUAUCAAUAACAAUAUAUUAUUUCAAAGUAUGUUUCGCAAUGAAAUGAAAUGAAUAAAAUUAACAUUUUCGUGGAAGUCUAAGGAUUUCGCCGUCUUACUUUUUAAGAGGUCGGUGAACCGUGAACACAUUUUACAAGAAAAUCAAAAUUGCAUUUAUUUUGUACUAGUUUAAAUUCUUCUGCUUUUACACUAAAACUUGGAUUAGAAUAUCGCAAAUGUAGAAUAAUUUGAAGUUGUUUCAGGUCUAAUCAACUAUCAUCGAAGGAGUACUUCUUGUUUCAUGAAAGUUCUUUAUCUGACCAGCUUUAUCUGUACAAUGAUGACUUGUUCAUUUCUGAACUAUAUUUAACAUUUCGCAAUAUUUAUUUGUGACACAAACAUGGGGAACAUUGAAUCUGUUAUAGAAAAAGAUGAUACAGAGUGGAAAUUUGUUGGACGGAGUGCUGACCUGGAAAAUUUGAAAGAACUGCUUUCCAACAAUAGAUCAGUUCUUGUUUAUGGAAUGAAAAAAAUUGGAAAAUCAAGAUUUAUCAAAGAAGUGUGUAGACAACAGUUAGAUACUGGACAUACUACAUACUUGUGGAAGGAUUUUGAAUUAGAUGACGUCGAGUCAGGAUAUUCUCAGUACGAUUGGAUUCUUGAAUUUCUGGUUAGCCUAGGUUCAGAUAAAGAACAAGAACGCUUUAAUUAUAAGUAUCCAUUACAAAAAAUUGCAUGCAAUUCUUGCGAGUUUUGCCUGAAACCUGGAAGUGACAGGUGUGAAAAACAGAAAGGUCAAAUUGAAUUAGCACUAAAUAAUGUAAUAAUUCAACUUAAACAAUGCAAACAUGAAAUUUUACUUUUUAUAGACAACAUUGACAAACUAAUGGAUAGUAACUUUAAAGGCGAGUUCAUAAGUUUUCACAAAAAGUCACUUCAGUGUAAAAAAUUGAAAACGAUACUGUCUUCUUCCUACAAAGUGGAACACACUUCAAACAGUUACAUGACCUUUGAACUCCCACCGUUAGACAACAGAGCAGUCACUGAAUUACUCUUUGAUACAACUGAAAACAGAAUUGUCUCAGAUGUUCAAAACAGCUGUAAUAAAGCUGUGGAAUAUUCAUCAGAAAAGAUAGUAUUCAAACCGGAGAACAAGCCAUAUAUUGACGCCAUUGUUGGAUUGUGUGAAGGCCUUCCGUUAGCGGUUAUUAUGUUAGGAAUGCGUUUGACAGAAGACUACUGUCUUUUUACGCCUGCAGAUCUCGUAGAAAUCCUGAUAUGUAUGCGACUAACGAGUCUCAGUCCGGCCAACUGCCCACCAGACGACAGAUUAGAAAUCUAUAAAGAACCAAUGGCUGAUGUGAAGGAUGUUUCUUCGUCCUUCCAUUGUUUGAAUCAGCAGAUGACUGGUACCCAGUUUAGUAUAGGCCAGGCCGUAGCUGCUGCAGAAGCUUCAGGAGAUAGUGUUGCAACAGAAUCUGUGGUAAAAUUAAAAUUCAUAAAGGAGGCUGUGAAUAGGUGUAUACUGUCUAUACAAUCACUGCCAGGGGAACAACAGUACAACUGGCAUGGCAUAUUCCGGGAAUGUCAAGCUGCACUGCAAACUAUAGACAAAAUACCAUCUGGUAUUGACACUGCAAAGAAUAUGGUAAUGAAAUUUAUGAAAGAAAAUGUUAAAAAAGCUGGCCUAGAUUUUGAUGAGGAAAUACUUCAAGAUCCAAAAUCUCUAGAGCUUGCCAUCAGAAGUCUCUCUUGCGAGGAGAAAACCAUAUUACCAGUGCAAGUUAACAACGACGAAGAGAAUGAGAUAAUGUCCUCAUAUGAACAACAUCACCAGGCUAGUAAGAAGGCCGAAGCGACUCAAUACGACACGGAACAUUCUUCAGUGAUGAAAGUCCAUGAAGAAGUAGAAAUUCAUAAAGAUGUAGAAAAUAGUCCAUAUACUGACGCAGGAAAAGCCAACAAACGUGUCACUCGGUACUCCGUUUCAGAGGGUAGUGAUAGCAGCGAUUCCGAUAGUGUGAGCCUACAAUUCAGAAAUAUUGAGCUCAGACAAACAGAGGGAUCCGUGGUAAAUGAUGAAAACGUGUCAUCACAAACCGGAAGUGAACAGACUACAAACGGACUUUAUUCUAGCAGUCCAUAUACAAGACAUCCAGGAUGUUCAGAAGAACCAGCACUCCAUCAUAUCCAGAAUAGUGGAGAAAGGAAUGUUUUCCGGCCAAUUAACAGACAGUCUACAUUGAACUCUGUUGAAGAGCAUCUACCCAGCUGCAAUACAAUUCACCCGAUUCACAACUUUUCAAACAAUGUUACUGAACCCAAUAGACAAUACAUUAAUAACACCUCGCCACAUUCUAUCUCUGAUUUGGCUGACAUGAAUAAUGUUCGACCUCGUUCAUUGCCAUCUGUCAACAGCUUAUUGUAUAGUUCCCAAAUUCUACAAGAAAAUACACCAGUAGAUAAUCGGGUGAUAUACAGUCGACAGAGGAAUUAUGAUAAUGCAAGUUUACGUAGAGCUCGAUCAGAUCCAACUUGUAAUCAUUUGGAAAACAAUACAGCUAGACAGAUAGUGGUAGAUAAAAGGAGGGGAGAAAUAGACACAUCAUUUGGUGCCGACUCUUUGACAGGCCCGCCAGCAAUAAAUUAUAUUCCAACAAUCCCAGGAAUUGAUAGGCGACAGUUGGUUGAGCCCGAUUUCAUACAUAUUCAAAAUGAACAUCCAAAUAUGGACACGAGAAUGCAAGAUCCAAUUCUGCGGAUAGCUGAGCUGAAGGAACCAGUUCCUGACACAUCUGUAGAAUCUGCAUUUGACCGAACAGAUUUUUCUACGCAGGGACCAGCGGACAUGUCUUAUAAAAAGUCGUUCUAUAAUGAUUUCCAUGUCGGUCAGGAAAAUUUCAACCAGAUCUCACAUAUUACAUCGGCUCAGUCUGAUGGUCAGUAUCACCAAAUUGCAAAAAAUUGGGUUCCGCCCCCAUUUCAAGGACAAUCAUAUGGAAAAAGGUUAUUAGUCAACCAAAGUAAGCAUGAAGCAAAUGCAAAAAGACGAUCUCCUACGGCUGUAGUCAGCCCUGUGCAGCAACGCCGAUCUCCUCCUGUUGCCGACAAACAGUUACAGAACAAACAAAGUAUUACAAGCGCGACGCUGUCAGAAUGAAAAUAUUUUAUAUAAUUAUUUGAUGAAUAUGUAAUUUCAAGAAGAUGCAAGUGAAUGAAUACAUAAAUAUGAUGAAUGUUAUGCUAACAAACUUGUAAACUAAGUUUCAGUCUCUGUUUUAUUGAAAUAUAACGGUAUAUAGCAUUUAUCAACAUUAUCCCGUUGGUAUUUUUUUAAUUUAUGAGAAAUAGAUACAAUAUAUAAAUUGUCGGUAACUUUCGAAAACAUCUCUUUGAAUUGUAAAACUUUCUUUGAUCUCUUAACAUUUUUCGUAACGUCAUAACGUUGUGAUUGAUGUUGUACUGGUAUUAUUAUUUUUACCCCUCCCCCCACCCCUGACGGGAAGUCAUAUAGUAUUCGGACUUUCCGACUGUCCGUCCGACUGUCUAUUUCCGAUCGAUAGCUAAAGAACGCAUUAGCCUACAUGCAUUAAACUUCAUAUGAUGAUUGCCUGUGGUCAUUAAAGGACGUGUAAAAUAUUUGAUGUCAGUAGUUCAAAGGUCAAGGUCACAGUGACCUUGAGACUAAAUACAGUUUCUGAUCGAUAUCUAAAGAACUAUAUGGUCUACAGGCAUCAAACGUUAAAAGAUGACUGACCGCAGUCAGUAGAUAACUCCUAUUGUUUUGAGGAUCAGUAGGUUAAAGGUAAAGGACACAGUGACAUUCAGUCCGAAAAAGGUAUCUGAUUAAUUACUGCAGAACGUUGUGGCAUACAGACGCAAAGCAUCACGGAAUGAUUGACUGUGGUCAGCAGAUGUGGUCAGCAGAUGACACCUUUUAGUUUACAUUCACUUGUGGCCUACGUUCAUUAGUGUAGUGCAAUAAAAAGAAAUAAUAACACACAACAUCUUAGACGUAUAAUGUACAGUUUCAAAAUGUCUGUCACUGCGGUAAAAUUAAAAAUUCUUUGGGUUGCCAGCACGUUCCAAUUUACUUUUUUGAUUGUUUCUACAAUUAUAUAUGUGUGAUUAGCUUUUAAAUUAAUGUUAUUUCACUAUUUAUAUAAUUAUAAGUAGAUCUAUUGUCUCGCUUAUGCUUCACAUGUAUACUUCUAAAAUUUGUCAUGCAGGUAUGUUGGGUUUUAUUUUUUCUCUAUUUUAUAUUGAAGAAAUAUGUUUUCGAUAAAUACCCACCGUAUCAUUAUGAUCCGUAUCUAUAUGUACAUUAAUACAAAUAUAUUCUAUAUUUUCGCUUUUUGUCACGUUGCCGUUCGCGUCCAAACGGACGUGACGUCGUUUGUUUUGUACGUUGUUAUUUCUGACGAAGAUGUAAAGGUCGAAACUAGUAAAGAAUAUGUUGUCUUGGUAAUUUUAAAUCCUUUUGAUCAGCACGUUCCACAUUACACAGGGUGAAAAUCAUUAGUUCGUUCCUGUAGAACCCCUUUUCAUGUAAAUUUCUUUAUUUUUGUUCUUUUAUGUGCAAUUUCUAAUGGAUUUUCUUGCUAUGACUAUGCUUGAAUACAUUUUGUCAAAUAAUCGCACAACAGAAAGGAAUUUGGUUCAGCACAGAAAUCAAAAGUUUCCUCGUUGACAUUUUUUCUUGCCAUUUUUAAAAUCCGGUGCUGUAUUUAAAUGUUCGUUUUGUGCUUAAAAAUACUUCGCAAUUUUGAGCUGCGCUCUUAUGCAAUUUUAUGUAUAACCUUAUAAUGUGUUUCUUUUAUAAAUCAUCAUGAAAUAUAGUAUUGUAUUCAACGAUAAAAAGGUGCAAAAAUAUAUGUGUGUUUGUGUAAACUCGUGUUCGUUUGAUACGAUUAGGAUACAUUUAGAUACAUAAGAUAUAAACUUAUAUUCAGUGAUUAUAGUAUAUGUUAUAUUAAAAUAACCUACACUCAGUUCAAAAAGAAAGUGUACACUUAGUUUUCUGUUAUUUUUUCUCGGUUAUUUUCAUGAAAACUUAUAAUGUUUGGUACCAAAAUUUAAAUCAGUUCGUAAACAAAUUGGUGUGCGUUUUAGAUUUUGAGUUAUACCUGAGAGUUAGUGUAUGAAAAAAUGAAACAAAAACGUCGGGGGAAUUUUUUGAAAUAUUUAAACUUAAAAAGUGCACACUUUCUUUUGGAACUGAGUAUAUGUUAACUUUAUAUCUUUGAAGCUAAAAAGGGCAUGACAUGACAAUGUGGAAAAAAAUUGUCUAACAUUUAAAGUCAGUAAUGUUUUUCAAAACUAAAAAAGCUAGAUUUGCUAGUUUGUAUAAUAUCAAUAUGUUAUGAAAGUGAAGUUUUGAAUGCAUUUUAACUGUACAUAGCGCCAUGUGAAUGUACCUUUUCAUUUAUUGUGAUUUUAUUGCAAAGUAAAAAUAUGCAAUGUAUAUCCAUUCCGCAUAUUUAAUCUUACUUUAAGGAUGAUGUAGUUCAUGCACAUGUUUACACACUUUCUUCUAUAUUGUGUUUAUAGUAGAAUAUGUGCAUCAAAUUCUUUUGUUUAAUGUAGUUCUUCAUGUUCUGAUAUUCGUAAGUAAUAGAUAACGUGGAAUAAAGCGUGGAAACUACCAUUAUUUUAUGAAUUAAAGGCACGUCGCGCUUAGAUUUAUUAAAACUACAACGAAACUAUCCUUUAAUGAGAAAAUAAGUUAUCUUAAAGCUUGACAAAUUAAAUAGUUCCAAAUAAUAUCUUAAAAUCAGUUGGAAAUCUAUAGGCCUACAUUUUAUUCCACUAUAUUAAAGACGAGAUGUUUAUUUACGAGUGUGAGAAGUUUCAUUUAAGUCUACAUUAUAAGAAAAAUCUCAUUACGAAAAUGCUAUCGAAUCUGUGGAAUCUCUGCAGAUUCACAUGGUGAAAACCCGUGUAAGAUACACUUUUAUUAAAUCAGUCUUGCAAAAAGUCAGGUACAUUUUUUUGUCUUUGCAGAAUUUUCUAAGCAUAUUAUGAAAAAUCAGGAUUUCAUGAAAACUUAUACUGCAGAAGAAAUUUUGAUCCGAACGUGCAGAACUGCCUUAACGCUACAUGCAAGACUACAAAUCAUUUAACAGUUCAGUAAAGGUUAAAUUUAUGUUUUUGAAUAAUAAACUGAAGAAAAAACAUACUUUGACUUAUAAUGUGUUUGCGAACAUGACUACUGACAUGGUAACAUCGACUUACACCUUUUUGUAAUUUAUCAAUAUAUAUUAAGCAACGAUU